AUGAAAAUUAUUUUAGUUUCACUUCUCAUAGUGGCAUCUUUUGCAAACGUUAACCGAGUGUUGUCUGAAAUUAGCUAGACUAGCAAUAAAUGGCAAUUCAAUCUUUUUACCUCUACAGCGGAAUAGAACAGCUAGACAUACUUAUUAGAGGGUGAAGAAUUGCUAUUAGUUUAAAAUAUAAUCUCUGGAGAUGGAAAUAAUCAAAUCAAAAUGAACAAGUAUUUAAGAGAUGGUACAGAAAUUACAUCUCCAAAAAUCAUUGGAGAUUCAACAAAGGCAUGCAGCAAAGCUAGAAUCACCUUAAUUCCUACGAUUGGUUUUGUUGCCGGAUGGAUUCAAAAAACGGAAUCCAGUUCACAAUUGUAUCUUUAAUUAUUUACUAAUAAUUUAACUGCCUUAGGAGAAUAAAUACUGGUAAGUGACAUCAGUCAAGAAGUACAUUGGGAUUUGUCAUCAGAAUACUACUACAUUUACAAUUUAGGAAAUUAUUAAUUAUUACUGUUGUAUAAAUAAACAACUAGUGACAAAUCAUGGAGUGGUACAAUCUAUAACUAUAAUUCACAAUAGCGAAGCAGUGCAAUUAAAUUAAGCAACUCAAAAUUUGUAGAAAUAGCUUAGAACUCUCUUGGUAAUUUAAUAUUAGUAUAACGAAUUUAUGUUUCUGCUUUGAACUCAUAUUUAAUUGCCACAAAAAUAAAUUAGAAUGGUGAGAUUGUUUACACUAAGAAUAUAUACCACAUAAGACUUUAGUCCUAAUUUGAGCCUAGAUUAGUUGCAUUAUCAAACAAUAAUUUUGUUGUGUUUUACCAACAAAGUGAAUUCAUAUAUUAUCAAGUAUACAACUAACAUUUCGAUUCAGUAUUAUUUGCUAGCUAUUCAAAAUAUUAUGGCUAAUAAACCCCAACAUGGGAAUUCAACAAUUUCUUCAAGGGUAGCCAAAUUUAAGUAUUGGCCUUGGAAGGAAGUGUAAUUUUGGUUGGUGUUAAUUACAAUACUUUAAGAUUUUAGUUGAUUUAAUUAGAUAAUGAAUUUCUGGAAUUCAUACAAUAAAGAGAAAUUCAUUAUGAGGAUCUAAACAUUUAUAAAUUUUCAAUUUAAAAGACCAAUGAUGAAACUAUAUUUGUUUAAUGGAUUAGUGGAAAUCCAUUAACCUUAUUGCCUGAAUUUACACAAAGUCUCUAUUAAUCUGAAUUGAAUUUAAAACUGACUUUAUCAAAUUGUGCAUUUAAUUGUGAUCAUUGUGAAAACAAUGUGUGUUAAAAGUGCAAUAAUGGAUAUGUGUUGAAUAAUAAGAAAUGUUAAUUAUAAUGCCAAACAAAUUGUGUUCAAUGUUCUACUAAAAACAGUUGUGAUGUUUGUGCAUCUGGAUAUGUUUUAAACAAUAAAAUGUAGUGUGUUAAUCAAAGUAACAGUGCAAAUACAGAAUUGAAAGUCAGCAUUUCUGAAUCAACUUAUAAAUAUAACCAAUAGGUCAAACAAUUCCAAGAUGGAAGUUUGCUAGUUUAUUAUUCAGAAUAUUCGACUCCAUAAUAGGUGUUAUAAUUUAGAGUAUUAUCAAGUGAUGGAGAGAUAAUCUAAGCACAUUAAUUAAAUUAUUCAGGAUGGGCAGGAUAUGAUGUUGCAUUAGUAAAUGAUACUACUGCUUAUUUGUAUACAUUAGAGACUUCUGAGGGAUCAACUGUUAUCAAAUAGAGACAAUUCAAUCCAAAAACCUUUGAAUUUACAACUAUUAUCAGAUUAUAAAUCUAAAAUUAAGGAUUUUCUUAUAGAAAAGAUGUUUAAAACAACUUAAUCGUUGCUGGAUUUGAAAAUUCAGUUUGCUUGAUAUUAAAAGGUAUGGAUAGUGGUGAUAACAUUAAUUUAAAUCUUGGUUUUUACACAUACAAUGGAGAGUUUUUGAUAAAUCAAAAUUUAGGAUAAGUAUAAUUCUUAUAGAACUACUCUUAUAAUGAAGAAGAACGAAAAUUUGAUUACGAUUUUGAUGAAUAAUACUUGUAUAUUCUAAUUGCAAGAGGAUGCAGCCUUUAAUUAGUGUAAUUCAACCUAGUUGGAUAAAGAGUAUACGAAGAGAGUUUUGGAUAUGGUGGCUACGUAUUUUGCUAAGACUUUAUUAAUCCAUCUUUAUCCAAGAUUUCAAAUAAAUACAGGUUUAUGAUUGCAAUGGAAACAGUCUAAGGCAUAAUUGUAUUUAAUUGGAAAGAUUCAACUGUUUUAUAUACUACAGAUUCUAAAGUUAAAGCCAGAAAACCAUAAUUAAAUGCUUUUAAAGACAAUAUCUUUGUUUUAUUAUUCGAGGAAUACGACUUGAGUGAUAGAUUCACAACAAUCUAGUAUUUAAGAUUUGAAUUUACUGAUGUAGUUGUUAAUUAAAGUAUUAAUUCAAACUCUGUACUUCCUUAAAAUUUGAAAACAUUGAAUUAAGAUAAUGAAUAUUUAAUACUUAGUUGGUUGGCACAUGGUUCUUCAAAAAUCUCAUCAACAAAUCAAGUUUACUUAGAAAGAGUGUUAUUGAAUGACAAUUUGAUUGUUGGAUUUGGAAAGUAAUGUCCAUCAAAUUGUUAGAAUUGCAAUUCAGAUAAAGCUUGUUUGUAAUGUAAUGAAGAUUACCAAUUAACUGCUGACUUGAGUAAAUGUGUAGCACAAUGCCCAUAAGGUUGUGCAACAUGUGCUACAAAAGAUUAAUGUUUAGUGUGUCAAUUUGGUUAUUAAUUAAGUCAACUCAAUGUUUGUGAAUAAUCUUAAAAGAAUACUAUUGCUAUCUUAAAGGAAAAUACUCAGAUAUUUGAUUCUAUUGAUUUAGAUUUGGCACAGAAUGGUAAUUUAUAUGUAAGUUGGAUGCAAAGGGAUGAAAAUAAUAAUUAAUAGACAUUUAUUAAAUAGAUUGAUGUUCAUGGAUAGCAAGUAGGAUAAGAUAUUUCAGUUAAUGUAUGUACCUAAUAUGCAUCUAAAAUAUACACUACAUCUUAUCUUAAUAUCCUAUCAACAAUUUGUGGAAAUCUUGAAUUUGGAGCAGAUAUGUAUCUUCAUUUCUAUACUUCAAAUUUUGACACAAGAUAUUAAUUUUGGGUUGAUCAUGGAAUCAGAAUGAUUUCAUAUUCAAUUGGGGAUACUCCAUAUGCAAUUCAGGUUAUAUCUGAAAAAGAAGUAUUAAUUGCAUACUAAAUAAUGAAUUCCGAAACUGAAGUAUAUGUUAGGUUUAUUAAGUUGUGCAAACAGGAUUUUGAUAAUUUAUACUUUUAUUGUGGUUCUAGUUAAUUCGGACCUUUUAAUUAAAAAGUUUAGGAUUUGUAAUUAGCCUUUGAUUAUUAAGUUUAUUACAUUAACUAUAAAAUUUUGGUACAGUAAGAAGAUGGAUCUAUUUAAUUACAAACAUUCAAAAUUACUACUGAUUUUAAUUGCUAAUAAGUGAAUAUCCUUUAGACAUUUACUCUUAACUAGUAAACUCUUAUAUUAUCCAAUUUAAAUAAAUUAGACCUUUCAAUCAAUAAUGCUUAGAUUUCAUUUACUAUCACACAUGGUAAUAAAUAGCUAAAUCAACAUACAAUUGAAUUAAAUAAUCAAAAUUCUGAUUUACAAAUUGAGUAGGUUGACGUGGCUGCAACCGAAUCAGGAUUUUAUGUUGUUUGGAUUGAAUAAUAGUAAACAAAAUAAAUAAAAGCUUAAGGUUUUUACAAUAAUGGUACUUAGAUAACUGAAAUCUAAAAUUUGAUAUAAUCAAGUUACUCUCCAAGCAAGAUAUUUGUGUAAUCAGUAAGAAAUAAUUAAUUAAUUAUUGUCUGGUAAGAUUAGGAUCAAAAUGGAUAGAAAUUACUUGCAACAAGAUAUAACUAAAUGCUUUAAUUACUCCCUUUAAAUACAGUAUUAUGUUAGUAUCAUUGUGAAAAUUGUUAAGCAGCAAACAGUUGUGCUAAAUGUUCUUAGGGCUAUUACUAUAAUACUGAUUAGUCAUAAUGCUAAUUAAUUUGUCCUUCUUAUUGCUAGGUUUGUACAUAGAAGGACGUAUGUGAUAUUUGCUAAACCAAUUAUUACUUAGUAAAUGAUCAAUGUGUAUAUGAUGCUCAAAAGUAAAAGGAAAGAGUUUUGGCUGAUGUUGAGGAUUCUACAGUUACAAGAGUAUCUGUCAGUGCAUUUUCAGAUAAUGGAUUUGUUGUGGUUUGGAAUGACAAUGUUGAUGGUAAAUAACAAUUGGUUAUGCAAAUUUACAAUAAUUUGAAAGAAUAAUAAAGAUCUUUGCCAUUAAGUGGUGAGAAUGAUAAACAAUAUGCUUAAGUUGAGGUAUUAGAUGGAGAUCUCAUUGCCCUAGCAUGGUUUGAAGGAUAAUGUUCAGUAUCUUGUCGUCUUCAAUUAUAAAUAUUUGAUAGAUUUGGAACAAUUCAGUCAACUGAAAUAACUAUAGCCUUUGUGACAUUACCAUCAUUAGGUAAGCAAAAGCCUGUUGUAAUCAAAAGAUUUGAUAGAAAGUUAAUUAUUGCAUACAUAACAUAUGAAAAUGGAAAGACAGUUGGUUAUUCUACUAUGUAUGAGUAAGAUUCAAGUUCAGUAUAAGCUAAUCAAUUAAUAGAUCCAGACCAAAAUAUCGAUAAUUUAAAUAUCAUUAGUUUGAAUGGAUAUUAUCAUGGUAUUAUGUAUGUGAGAAACAACAAAGAAUUGUAUAUUCAUCAUACUUUUCAAAAUGGAUGUUUCUAGGGUUGUGGAUAUUUUGAUGGAGCUUAAUUAAUGAUCUCUUCUGACUAUUAAAUUUCAUAACCUUCUGCUUUCUUGAGACAAGACAACUUUUUCAUUGUGUUGUGGGUGGAAAAAUCAGCAGUAAAUGGAUUUUUAAUUGAAAAGACUUAUCAAUCUCGUUGUUGGAAUUGGGGUUGUGAUGGCAAAAAAUAAGUUUCCUCUAAUUAAUUUGAUGAAACAUAUUUACCCUAAUCGGUUGGCUAAUAUCUUUAAUAUGGAUAUUAGAGAUAUUCCAUAAUUUAUGGAUCUCAAGAUUAUCCAAAUCAUAUUAGAAGAACAAUAAAAUUAUAGUCAUUUAAUGAUUAUUAUCAAGGAAUGGAUAAAAAGCUUUAGAUUAAUGUAGUAUCCUAAAAGAUUGAGUAAUUUGUUACUUAUGAAUUUUAAAAUGGAGAUGUGCUUGUAAUUAGUGUUGGAUAAACAAGUGAAUCAAGUAGUUAGAUUCUAUUGAAUUUAGUCACUGUAUUAGGUGAUUAAUAGAAAUUAAUGGGUAAUCCUACUUGUUAAUAACGUUGUUAAAGAUGCGAUGCAAGUCUAACAUGCUUUAAUUGUAAUGCAGGCUAUACAUUAAUUGAUGGUUAAUGUUUGAGAUAAUGUGAUAAAAAUUGCGCUGUAUGUGAUCGUCAUUGGGAAUCAGCUAUGUUAUAAUGUAAUGAAUGUGAAUUUGGAUACAAAUUAAAUAAUUUCUAAUAGUGCUUGCCAACUGAUACUACUAUUAUUCAAUCCUUAAUUAAUACUUAUUAGAGUGGAAAUCAAUAUGGUCAAAGAAUAGCCACCUUAAGUAACUAUCAAUCAGUAGUUGUCUGGAAUAGUGAGAAUCAGGACAAGAAUGGAAAAUCAAUCUAUAUGCAACUAUAUGAUUAAUAAAUGAAUAAGAUUGGCGGUGAAACACUUGUUACUAAAGAUAAUAUAGGAGUAUAAGAGGAACCAGAUGUUGUGGCAUUACCUAAUAAUCAUUUUAUUAUUAUUUGGAAAGACAAUCAUUCAAAUGCCGGCAGAAGAAUCCUUAUGUAGAGAUUCUCAUUAGCAUUUGAAAGACUUGGAGAUGAAAUAGUAGUUUAUGAUUCCACUACUGAUAUUAUUUCAAAUUUGCAAUCUCUAGUGAAUUACGUUGAUGUACAUCAUAAGAUUACUGUGUCAUUAGAUGGUUCAAUAUUCGUGUUAUUGUACUUACAGCAAUCAUAUAAUAUUUUUGACAUAAGAUUUAAACAGUUUAAUUCAAAUUAUGAAGAAUAUUCAUCAUUAUCAAUUUGGCAAACUACAUCUUAUUAACAAACUUCAACAUCUACUUUAAAUAAUCUAUUAUUAUUUACAUUCAAAUCAUAAGAGGGAAUAAGAGUUUUCUUUAUUAAUUAAUUAGGAUCAAUUGUAAAUAGAUUGUUAAUACCUAAUUCCAAAUCAUAUAGUUACCCAUCAAUUAUUUCAAUUUCUGAAAAUGAAAUAUUAAUUGCUUGUGUAGGCUCUAAACUUAGUUAAUUAUUAGUUUACAAAUAAAAUCUAGAUUUAUCAUCUACUUUAAGUCCAUAAAUGAUUGAUUUCAAUAACUAAAUAACAGAUGUAAAUUUGUUGAAUAUGAAUUCUGGAUAUGUCAUAGCAUUUAAAUAAUUAAAUUAGACACCCUAUUACUAAAGUGAUCUAGUUAACUUAUUGAUAUUUAAUAGCCUAGGGGAUGUGUUAUCAUCUGAUCCUAUUUAAGUAAAUGACUAUUAUGGAUCUACAACAGAUAUUCGAUUAGCUCGUUUAUCAAAUGAUGAUUUCAUAAUAACUUGGACUCAAAUAAUUAAUUCAUCCUAUGGAGUUGGAUUAAUAAAUCAAAGAAAUAUAGAUGAUUUAAGCGGAGACGGAGUCUAUGUUAAGAGAUAUAACGUAGCUGGUUAGGUUUAAUCAAUUUAAAAUGUAGUAUGUCAAAGUUAUUGUAAAUAAUGCAGUAAAUCAAAUUUGUGUGAAGCAUGUAUGGAUGGCUAUCAAUUUGAUUAACAAAAAUUGAUAUGUUUGCCAAUAUGUUAAUCUCAUUGUAAUUAAUGUACCAGAUUUUUGGGUUAAUAUAAGAGUUAUUGUUAAUAAUGUGCAGAAGGUUACACAAACAAUGAUUAAGGAGAUUGUGUCAAAGUGCAAGAAUAAUAAAUUUAGUAACUUUAUGAACUUUAUGGAGAUUAUGUGGUGAGUCAAAUUUUGACAUUAUCAAAUGGAAAUAUCGUGAUUCUGUAUUAAGCGAAUGGGGGAGAUAAAUAUUUGAUGAACAUAAUUGAUAGUUCAGGUAAGGUUGUUUUAAAGGGAAAUGAAUUAACCCUUUCAUGUUGUAGAAAAUUAACCAAAGCUACAGCAUUAACAGGUGGUAAUUUUGCAGUUAUUUAAAGAUCCUUUGAUGUUGUUGUGGAAGGAUUUUAGCUAUUUGUUUACGAUUAAGAAGGUAGAUUAAUUAAAUAAGAUAUAUUAUACAAUCCUUACUAUUGGGGUUAUCCUGAAUUUUGGAGAAAUUAAAAUUUAUUACAAAUCAACUCCCUUUCAGAUGGAGGAUUUGUUAUAUUGUUUGUUUCAAAUAAUGAUGGUUACAUAUCUUCCCAAAGUCCAAAACUACAUUUAAGAAUCUACAACAAAGAAUAUUAUCUUGUUAAGUAAGAUAUUGUAAUUUAAACUUAUUUCAAUAGAAAUGAAUAAUGGGAUUAUUGGAACUAUGAUUAUGUUUACAACAAUCAAAGAAAUCAAGCGAUUCAAGUAUUAGAAAGUGUAAAUUCAAUUAUAAUUUCAUUUGGAACUAGCAUAUAUAAUAAAUGGGAAGAAAAUAAAAAUAAUAUUUAAGUGUUUGUUUAUAGUAAAGAGGGAUAGUUCAUAUUAAACAAGGCUAUAGAAAUACCCAAUAAUGAUUGGUGGGUAGGAUAUACUCCUAGAAUCAAUUUAUUUGAAAUAGAAAUAAAUAAAUACUUAUUGGUCUAUUUCAAUAAUAGAUAAGUCUAUGGAUAAUUUUAUGAUUAAAAGUUUAACCUAUAGGUUGAGAAAUCAAUAAAUUUAGAAUCUCUAGGUGGAUUACACUGUUAUGGAUGUUGUAUUGGAUGUUGGGAUUAAAUAACAAGUUAAGUGGCAGUAGUUAAAAAUGUGAUUGUUAUUACAAAUAAGCCUAAUGGCCAGGAUCUAUAUAUUUCGGCUUACAAUCUGAAUUUCAAUUAAAUUGUUUCUCCAUUCAAAAUAUCAAAUAAUAAAUACGAUGCAACAGAUUAUUUGAGAAACCAACAUUUCCUUGUAAAUUAUUAACUUGAGACCUUAUUACUUGCUUAGGUUGUUUAAUUUAAAGGAAGCAGACUAAUAAUGUUUAAUAAAUUAGAUAAAAAUUGUAAUAUAAUAAAACAAUGGACAUCUUGUGGUGAAAAUUGUAUAGAUUGUGCAGAGAACAAUUAAUAAUGUCUAGAAUGCAAGAGUGGAUACUUUGUAGAUGAAACCUAAAAAUGCAAAAAGAGUUGUGAUAUCUAAUCUUGUUUAUUGUGUGAAAAUCCUGGAUAAUAUGGAGGAUUUUGUAGAAUUUGUUAAGCAGGAUAUUAAUUGAAGGAUAAUACUGAGUGUGUUCAGGUUGAUAGCUCAAGAAUAUAAGAAACUAAACUUUCAUCAAGUAAUCAUUAAGCUUAGAAUACUCCGAGAAUUAAAACACUUUUAGAUGGUAGAAUACUAUUAAUUAGUUUAAACUCAAAUAAUAAGAUUAUUGGAUAAUUCUAUGAUUCUUAAGGAAAUCUAAGUGGAGAUUAAGUUACAUUAUUGGAAGAAGAAGGAAUUAAUCAUUUUGACUUUUCAGUAUCUAAGACUGAAGAUAAAAUCGUAUUAGCUUGGGUAAGUUAUAGAAACUGGAAUGCAAAAUCACUCAAAUUUAGCAUAGAUCUUCAAUCAAAAAUCACAGAAUAAUUAGUAAUUAUAGACUAGGUAUAUUAAUAUAGUAUCUCAUAAAUCACAGUGGAAUUUUUAUAAGAUAAUUCCUAUGUGUGUGUUUUAUAUGGAAAUGGAUAAAAUUGGAUAAGAACUGUGAAUGAAUUUGAUUAAUUGAAUUGUUUUAAUCAAAUUAAUUCAAUCAAUUAAUGGUUUUGUGAUAGAUGGGGUUGUUAUGAUCAGAGCCAAUUUUAUCAAGCUUAAAACCGAUACAUAGAUUAUUUCUCUACAAGUUAUGAGAGAGAACCUAGCAUCUUAACAACUUAGAAUUAUAUUGUAUUGGCAUAUGUAGAGUAUAGUACAUUAGUUUUAAGAACCUAUGAUAACUAUGGAAAUGUCUAAUAUGUUUUUAAUAAUUAAAACAUCAACUAAAAUGAAUUCAGAUAACCCUAUUAACCAUCAGUUACUUUAUUAGAGAAUGGCAAGAUCGUCAUCGUGUGGAAGGAUGUGAUGGAAACCUACAAUAUAGCAACAUAUGAAUAAUAAGUUCCAAGUUAUAAAUAAACUGUGAUAGCAUAUAUGAUUACAGAUGAAUAAUUUAGAGAUGCUAAGGUACAAUAUAUAGGAAUGGAUUAUAUAUAAGAAGAAAGACCAGAUGUUGCUGCCAUUUCUAAUGGAUUUGCCAUAUCUUGGUCAGGUAGAAGUGAAAGGAAUAAUUAGAAUAUCGAUCUUAGAAUAGCAUACUUUGAUCUAUAUGGAAAUCUUUAAACUGGAUUUAUACCUGUCAGUUCAAUUUGCAAUAGACCAAUUAACUCUUAAAUUAAUAAAAUAGCUGAUGGUUCUAUACUUGUAUCUUGGUACCAAGAUUAAGACAUCUAUGUUUAGAAAUUAGACAGAAAGGGAGUUAUAUACCCUUUACCAUAACCUAUUGGAUGUUCUUGGUUCUGUUCUAAAUGUAAUUAAGAAGGUUGCCUAGAAUGUUUUGCAGGAUAUGAAUUGAAUCAGGUUAAAGAAUGUCAAAUAAUUGUGCCAAAAUGCAAUGUUGAAAAUUGUUAAGUUUGUGAAUACGGAUGGAAUAGAUGUAUGUUAUGUAAUGAAGGAUAUUUCCUUGAAGAUAACUUUGAUCAUUGUACAUUGAUAGAUGUACCAAAUAAAGAGUAUAAGUUAGCUCAUUCUAAUGUAAUUAAUGAUCAUUCUACAUCUAUUGUAUCAGUUGAUGAUGGAACUAUUAUCCAUUUAUGGUUAGAUACUAAUGAUGAUGGUUAUGUCUUAAAGGGAUCUACAUAUACCUAAUUUGGAAGUUAAUCAAUAGCUGAUAAAUUAGUCUAUUUAUUACCAAAAGAUGUAUUUAUUUAAGUGAAAUCAUAAAAUUCUAAUGUGGUAGUGUUAAUUUAUAAUGCUGAAUUCAGUUAAAUUUUAAUUGUUAAUGUUAAAUUGGAAAUUGUAAAAGACAAAGUAGAUAUUACAAGUAUCAUAAAAGAAGAAUUUAUAAUUUCAUAUGAAUGGUAAAAGUAGAAUUUAGAGACAUUUAAUGAUGGAUUCGUAGUAGAAAUAACAGGAGUUAGAUAAUAGGUUAUUAAUCAAUUUGAUAUCAAUCCAGAAAUCAGAAAAUGCAUGGUUGUUGAAACACUUGUUUUCAAUUUUAACAUUGAAUUAACUACUCAACCUUUUGGAUUUUAUAUGGAAGGAUAACCUUCAACAGGAAUUGUAGAUUCUGUUAAUAAUUGCAAAAUUACAAAAGUCUUAGAUGUUCUUUAUGACGAUUAUAUCUAUGUAGUUAGUUAUCAAUAUGAUCUUUAUAGAUAAUCACUUUAAGUUUAUAAUUACAGAGGUGAAAAAUUAAAAGAAGUUUGGGUGAAUCAAUAGGUUCCGUGGUAUAGUUAUGCUGACUAUGAUGGCUAAAGAUUGUUCAAAUCCUAAGAUGGCAAACUAUAUAUAACUGGAAGAGAGGGAAAGGGAAUAAUUUUAAACAUCGAAAAUUUCUAAUUUUUAGAAUUUCUUGAUUACCCCUUACUAAGCAAUUAUUGCAUAGAUUAUAGAGUAGUUAGGUUUUUAUACUCUUAAGAGUUGAUAUUAGGAUAAUAAGUAUUCGGUUUGGUGUCAAGAUGGAAAUAUUCAAUCUUCAGGCUUUGGGAUCAAGGAUUUGUAUCUAAAUUUGCAGUCCAAUAGCAAUCAUUUAAUAUAUUAGAAUUAACAGACGGAUAGCUAUUAUUCAGUUGGAUAGAAGCAUCAAAUAACUCUAAUAAGGGAUCUAUUUAGAUUGUGAGAUUAAAUUAGAGUUUCCAAUUAGACAUUUUCUAGAGAUUCGCAUGUUUACCUAAUUGCCAAUAAUGUCCAAAUGAUAAUACUUGUGAUAUUUGCAAUGACCAUUAUGAAAAUAUAAACAAAAAGGAAUGUAAAGUCAUAUGUCCAAACUUAUGUGAUACUUGCUAAUAUCCUUAGAGUUGCACUAUAUGUUAAGAUGGUGCCUAUCUUAAUGAUUAAGGAGAAUGCUACAUACCAAAUGAUGGAAACAUUGAAAUUCCAAUUCCCAUAAAGAGAUCAGACAAUUAGAUUAAUCCAAGAGUGGCUUCAUUCAGUGAUGGCAGCUUUGUUGUAGUUUGGUAGGCUGAAAAUCAAGAUGGAGAUGGUUAUGGAGUUUAUGCAUAAAAAUUCAAUUCUUUGAUUGAAAGAAUAGGUGAUGAAAUCAGAGUUAAUGAGGUUGUUCUUAAUGAACAAUAUUAUCCUGAUAUCACAAUUCUUGAUAAUUCGAAUGUAAUCAUAGUGUGGGCUGAUGGGCAAAUUGAAUCAGAAGCAACUCUGUAUUAUUAGAGAUUUGAUAAGAAUUUAGUAAGAAUUGGUGGUCCUGUCAUCCUUGAUAAAAUAAAAGUAUAGUAUAUAUAAUAAUACGACACUCCUUUUGUUGUGCAAGCAUUACCUUAAAAUAAAUUUGCAGUUUGUUGGGUUAAUUUUGCUGAUUGGAAUUCAAAUUUCUAUGUUACUUUGAUUGACUCAAAUGGAGUUUCACUAAAUUCUUAUGUAUGGAAUAGACCAGAUUAAGUAAGGGAAAUUGCGAUAGCAUCAAAUGGCCUCAACUUUAUUGUUUUAAUAAAAUAAACUUGUCAUCUAAUAUCAAAUAUUUUUAAUUUAGAAGGAUAAUUUUAAUACGAAAAAUAUAUAGAUUUUGCUAAUUCCUGCAACGGUGCUUCAGGAAUAACCGCUAAUUCUAGAGGAGAAUACAUAGUGUCAUUUAUUGAAGCAGAUUAUGUGAGAGUGAGCAUAUAUGAUACUCAGUUUAACUAAUAUGGCAGAAGUUCUAAAAUAGAGGAUUCGGCUAUUGAUACUAUUGCUGAUAAUCCAGAUGUUAUUGCCCUCGAUGGUGAUAAAAUCGCUGUUGUGUGGUAAAAUACUGAUAGACUUGAUCCAAUAUUUAAAUCAAGAAAAUUAAAGAUGGUGAUCUUAGAUUAUGCUUUAGUUGCAUUAACUUCAGUCUAAGAAGUAAACUUAAUAACUACAUUUGCAUAAUUACCUUAACUUUCACGAUUGAACAAUAACCAAUAUGUGGUUGUUUGGUAAGCAAAGAAUUAGAAACCAAAUGUUGAUUCGGAAUAUGGAAUAUAUUUAAUGAGAUAUAAUUCAAAUGGUGAUUAAACUAAUCCAGGUGUUCCAAUUUGUCCAGAUAAAUGUGAAAAAUGCCAAGAAUCAACUACAUGCAUCAAAUGCUUACUAGAUUACGACCUUGUUGAUAAGGAAUGUAAACCUAGAUGUCCUGUAAACUGCUAAUAUUGUAAUACAUCCAACAUUUGUGACAUAUGUUUACCAGGAUUUGAAUUGGAUGUGGUUGGUCAUUGUAUUUACAUUACUCCAGAUCCUAUUCCUUAUCCAGUUCCUAUGCCUGAAUAUCCAAGUAAAGUAAAUCCAAGCUUCAAAUCUAUUCAGAAAUUCGGAGAUACAUCAGUCUUAAUUUACGGAUCAUCUCUAAUUCAAGUUGAUUCAAAAUAUUAUCUAGAUAUUAGCUUAAUUUUAAUCAAUGAUAGUAGUAAGGCUUAGUUACCUUAUAAUAACAAAAUAGAAAUUGAUGGAGAAUGGGCAAAUGUUUAUAACUCUGAUAUACUAGUAAUAGACUAAGAGAUAGUAAUUUAUUGGACAGAACAUUCUUACAGUGUCAAAUAAGUGCACUUGAAAUAAAUUAGAUUAGAUUCAAACUUAGUUUCUUAGGGAUCAGAAACUAUUGACACAUUUGAUUUUGAUUUCAGCGAACAUACCAAUAGAAAAGUGUAUCUCUUUGCUUUAAAUGGAAGUUAUUAUAUAUUCUAGUCUAUUCAAUAUAUCAAUGGAUAAUUUGAACUUUAUGGACAUAUAGUAGAUAGACAAUUGUACACAAGAGCUCCUCCAAAGAAAUUGAUGGAUACUUUUAACUAACUUAAUAGAAAUUAGAUUCAUUACAUCAAUAAUGAAUUUGUAAUAACCUAGUACACAAUGAUAAUAUUUUGGCGGAAAUUCAACACAAAUUUAGGGGAUUUGGUUGAAGGUAGUACUUGGCCAAUUUUCAAUGGAGAUAUUGAUUACAGUUCAAUCAUCAUUCAAUAAUUAACAAAUACAAAUUUCGUCGUUGCUUGGAGAUCUAAGAGUCAAUAACCAUAAAGUUCUUCCAAUUCAAUUAAAUACAUGAAUCUAGGUUUAGACUUUUAACCAAUAAGUAGUGAAAUAACUGUUGUCACAUCUAAUGAUGUUUUAUAGAGCCCAUUCAUUGUAGUAACAACUAGUUCCUUCUAUGUUAUUUGGAAUUAGGAAUCAGUUGUGUCUAGUAUUCUAAAUUGCAAUUAGUUUUCUGAAAAUGGAGGACCAGCACUAAAUACAAUCCAAAAAUUGAACAGAUUAUAAAAUAAUGUAAUAUUCUACACAGGUACACAAAUUACUGGUGAAGAUAUUUAUGUGAUUUGGAUUUCCUAUUAAGAUACAACAUUAGAAUAUCAAUAUCAAUUGGUAAAGAUUGGUCCUCAAGGACGCUUACCUAAUCCAAUUGACCCCCUCCCUGUUUGUCCAACUGGUUGCAAUGUUUGUUAGAAUGAAUACUCAUGUGGACCAGGUGAUUGUCUCCCAGAUUAUAUUUAUGAUAUUAUCACACACAAAUGUGUUAUGCCUUGUCCAUCUAAUUGUAAAUAAUGCUCUUUACCGGGAUAGUGUAAUACUUGUGAUGAAGGAUAUAAAUUAGUUAAUCAUCUUUGUGUUAAAAACGUUUGUUAAGCUGGAUGUGAACUUUGUGAUGAAGCCCAACUUUGUUUCAAAUGUCCUCAAGGUUAUGAGAAAGUAGAUCAAUUCAAAUGUAGAUAUGCUUGUGAUGUAAAUUGUGAAAUAUGUGGAGAAGAUAAAUGUACUCAAUGUAAAGAGUCCUAUUAUUGGAGUGAAAAAGAUAGACUAUGUGUGGAUAUAACCAUAUACAUCUAUUAGACAACUAAGGAGAAACCCCUAAAGGCAGUAUUUGAGUCUAAAGAUUAUGUGCUUAUGUGGUAUGAGACUGGAGCCACUGAAGGAAUUUACAUCUAAUUAUAUAGAAGCAACGGAAAACCAGUAGGCAGACCAACAAAAGUAAAUGAACAGGAUCUUUUGGGAACUAGAAGAUUGCUAUAAUAGUCAAAUAGUUUUGAUGUUAGAUUGUUUGCUGAUUUGGCAGCUAUAAAGAAUGAACUAGUAGUCUUGUGGGUUGAUCAGACUCAAGGUGAUAUGAUGAAGCUUAAAUUCAGAAAAUUCGAUAGUAAUACUACCUAGAUGUCUGAAGAAAUUACUAUAAAAGAAUAGCCAAGAUAAAAUUUAACAAGUAUGGCAGCUCCCUGUAUAAUUAAACCUACAAAAAAUAAUUAAUUUGUUAUUGGUUGGUUUAAUUAAUAGGCUUAGAGUUUGUAAUAAACAGCAACCAUGUUCAUUUAAUCCUAUAGUUCUGAGUUGAAACCUAUUGGUGAAUUGUCAACACUAUUGAAUGCUGAUUACACGUCUGUUCCCUUGAUUUCAGCAUCUGAAAAUGGAGAAGUGUUUAUCACUUAUACAAGUCAAGGAUAUACUUAUUUAGCUUAAAUGUCUCAAGAUGGUUUCUAACUUGGUGAUCCAAUCCAAAUUGCAUAACCUUAUCAAACCAUAAAAUCAUCAAAUUUGGAUGAUGGUAGUAUGAUAUAUGUAUUUGAAUCAAAGAGUACAAAUGUAUCACCUCCAUUGUUUGUCUUAUAAUAUCAGAUUUUGACCUUGGAUAAGAAGUUGAACGAACCCCAAUUAUUGACAUCAUAAUAAUAUGGAGAAUAAUAACCAGAUCUCCUGAAAAUCAAUAAUGGAUUUGUGAUCACUUGGAGAAGUGUAGAUAAAACAUUCAAGUCUCAAGAUGUCUAUUUCUAAGUGUUUGAUAAUUCUGGAAAAAUGAAAUCAUUACAAAUUAAAGUUGACAGACAAGGAAAUCAUCCAUAGAAUCCAAGCAUUCAACUCUUAAAAAAUAAUAAUAAUAGUAAUAGCGAUGAGUUAGUGAUUACAUGGAUAGCUGAAAGUCUAGAGGAUCCAACUGUAAACACUAUUUUUAGUAAAUAAUUCAAAUUAUCAACCAUUAUAAUUGAUCCAUAAACACCAGUCUGUUCAUCAAAAUGUCUAUAUUGCGAAAGAAAUAACACCUGUAUGACUUGCAUUCCAGGAUAUUACACAGUAAAUGAUCAAUGUGAGAUUGAUUGUCCUAUCAAUUGCUAAUCUUGCUCAAAGCCAUAUGUUUGUGACAAAUGUGAUCAAGGAUAUCAAUUCACUGCUGAUAAUCAAUGCGAAUUUGUUGUUGCUUGUGAUGCAGGAUUUGAAUUAAAUGAUGAAAAUGAAUGUGUUCCCAUAUGUUCUGAUAACUGUCUAGUUUGUCAAUCAUAGACAUCAUGUUUAGAGUGUUCUGCAGAUUAUUACUUAACUAAAGGAAUCUGUUUACAAUCACUUGGUGAUAUUACAGCCUCCAUGAACCAAUCUAACCAAGGAAUGCCUAUAUAUGACAUAAUUGUCAUUAUAGUUGCUUCCUUAUUGUUCAUAGGAUGCCUAUUUUAUGUCUACAAACGUCAUUAGAAGAAUUUAGCCAAGCGCGAACAUGGAUAAUAAUAAUUAGCAAAUCAAGUAGAAGAUAGUAAUAGAGUUCCAUAGUAGACCAUGAUACAUUCAGAGUUCACGGUUAAUAGAGGUUAACCAGACAAUUUAUAAUUUGAUUGA